GCAAUCCAGGGACUUGGGGGAGAGGUGACAAAAUACAGUGCCCUAAACAUUUCAAUAAUUUAAGGUGUUCCUGAUCAAGACAAGUGUUAUCAUUAGGCAGGUGCCUCAGGCAGCAGAAUAAUGAAAAGGCUAUGUUUUUAUAUUCUGGAACAGGGAGAGGUGGUUGUGGGAUAUCCCAUCCCUUUCAAAAUGCCAGAAUAAUUUGAAUGGGUUUGGAUGCUAUACCCCUUGUCUGAGAGAAGCACUACUAUUUUCUGCUCUAUUUCAAACAGAUGAAUAUUUGGGGUCAGCCUUGUUUUUGAUAAUAAAAGGAAUAGAGUAAUGCAGGAUUUCCAGACUAUAACAACUAAGCCACUGGGGAUGGGGUUAAUAGCUAGAGGAGAGCUAUUUAUAUAUCUAUUUUAAUUAUAUCCUCCUUUUCUCCUAUACAGGACGUAAAGUGGCUAUAGGGCAAGAGCAGAUGCAGUUUAGAGGAAUUGGUGUGCUCUUCCUGUAAUGCCAUAAAGAUCCCUGAAAUUAAAUGGAUGAAAAAGGCCAGGAAUUCAUGUAGAUCCUGAAUGGAGUGACAGUAUUUAUUGCACUGUGUCAUGACAGCUUUUUAAACAAUGUGUCUCUCUUCAGCUUGAUCCACAGCUUGUAGAUGGACAUCUUUCUUAUUUUCUGGGUGCAGCUGGCAUGCCUGGGCUGACAACUCUGCUAGGAAUCAGAGAGAAAGGACAUGUGUCCCCUGGUGCUAAUCAGACCAUGGUGGUCAGUGGGGCUGCUGGAGCCUGUGGUUCACUGGCCGGGCAGGUAAUUCAUGCAGUGGGGCUGUUCAAAGCUGUUGGUAUUUGUGGCACAGAUGAAAAGUGCAAUUUGGUCUCAGAAAUGAAAUUCAAUGCUGCUAUCAACUAUAAGAAAGAGAAUGUGGUGAAACGGCUGCAAGAACUUUGCCCAGAUGGAGUGGAUGUGUACUUUGACAAUGUUGGUGGAGACAUCAGUGAUGCGAACCAGUGGUGCAGUCAGCGGGUUCUCACUGUAAAUCAGGAAACCCCAGAGAUGAAUCCAGAUAGCCAUAUCAUUUUAUGUGGCCAGAUUUCCCAGUACAAUAAGGAUGUGCCUUAUCCACCUCCUUUGCCUCCAGCAACAGAAGAAUUAAGGAAAGCAAAGAAUAUCACAAGAAGCAGGAGAAGAAGCAGUGGGUGCAGUCAGCGGGUUCUCACUGUAAAUCAGGAAACCCCAGAGAUGAAUCCAAAUAGCCAUAUCAUUUUAUGUGGCCAGAUUUCCCAAUACAAUAAGGAUGUGCCUUAUCCACCUCCUUUGCCUCCAGCAACUGAAGAAUUAAGGAAAGCAAAGAAUAUCACAAGAGAAAGAUUUCUAAUUUUGAACUACAUGGACAAAUAUGCAGCUGGUACUAUGCAGCUUUCUCAGUGGAUCAAAGAAGGGAAACUGAAGGUGAGAGAGACUGUUGUGGAAGGUUUGGAAAACAUUGGAGAUCGACUGCAGUUUCCAGCUGCAUAUUUUGCAUAUUUUUCCAGUUGAUGAUGAGGAAUGCAGGAAGUUGCAGUUCAACUACAUCUGGAAGACAGUCUUAUGUCCACCUCUGAUGGCCCUUGUGGUCUCUUCCAAGUCUAUGAUUGUAGAAAAUACACAUUUGAACAUUUUAGGAAAUAAUAAAUAGCUAUUGUAACUAACUUGCAUUACAGGUUUCCAAUAAGUAAUUCAACUUAAUUUUAUUUUUCAGAAGAGAAGCCCAGUGUCUAAUAAUAAUAAUAA